GACUACUCUUCAGUCAACUCAUCAGCAAAACGAUAAUUCUUGUCAAAAUCGUCAACUCACCACGACGAGAUACCUCAUUUCCCUCCCACGAUCUGAGAAUCUCCAAACCCUUCAACCACCGCCAAAAUGGUCAAGACUUCGGUUCUCCACGACGCUCUCAAGUCGAUUAACAAUGCCGAGAAGGCCGGCAAGCGUCAGGUCCUCAUUCGACCUAGCUCUAAGGUCAUUGUCAAGUUCUUGACUGUCAUGCAGCGUCACGGCUACAUUGGCGAGUUCGAGGAGGUUGAUGACCACCGAUCCGGCAAGAUUGUCGUCCAGCUGAACGGCCGCCUCAACAAGACUGGUGUCAUCUCCCCCCGCUACAACGUUCGUCUGGCGGACCUUGAGAAGUGGGUUGUCAAGCUGCUGCCCGCCCGUCAGUUCGGUUACAUCAUCCUGACCACCUCGGCUGGUAUCAUGGACCACGAGGAGGCCCGCCGCAAGCAUGUCGCCGGCAAGAUCAUCGGCUUCUUCUACUAGAGGUUUAAUGUUUGGACGUGUUAACACAAAAAUGGUGUAUGAUGGAUGGACAUGGCAUUGUCGGGAGUUCAGGGAGUGUGGGAUAACGACCAAGCAUGAGCUUGAGAUUUCUGAUGCCAAAUGCAACAAUCCACGAAAUGCUAUAAAUGUUGAAUCCUCUCGGAAGUUUUGUUUCCUACUAAAUGCAAUAAUGGCGUUGUCUACCCUAA